GGAAGGAAGAGGGGAGAGAGAUAUCUGCUUACAGCUGCUGUCAGAUAUCCGAUCGGGUUCGCAUGGCGAGGAGGUAACCUGAUCGAACGGGGAGGAGUGACUCUACCAGGGAAGGCUCGAACAAAAAAAAAAAAAAAAUGUCUUCUUCUUCUUCUGGAGAGGUCACGGCGGUGAAUGACAUCAAGAGGGAAAAUGUGAAGGAGGUGGAUACGCGGGAGAGCAUCAAGCUGGUGGCGCUGGACGCGGUGGAGUUGUCCAUGGAGCGCACGGCUCCCAACGCCGACGCGGUGCGCACGGAGCUGCUGGUGAGCGCCGCUUCCUCCCUGGCUUUCUCCCCGGAGCAAGUGGCGUGCGUAUGCGAGGCGCUGCAGCAGGGGGGCAACGUGGACCGGUUGGCGAGGUUCCUGUGGUCCUUACCCCAGAGCGACCUGCUCCGCGGCAACGAAAGCAUCCUAAAAGCCCAAGCCCUAGUUGCCUUCCAUCAAGCUCGUUACCAGGAGCUCUACAGUAUUUUGGAGAAUCAUAGUUUCAGUCCGUCCAACCACACCUUUCUGCAGGAACUUUGGUACAAGGCCCGGUACACGGAGGCAGAGAAGGCGCGGGGGAGACCCCUGGGCGCCGUGGAUAAGUACCGGAUCCGGAGAAAGUAUCCUCUCCCUAGGACUAUCUGGGACGGUGAGGAGACGGUUUAUUGUUUCAAGGAGAGGUCGCGGAACGCUCUGAAGGAUCUCUACAACCAGAACAGGUACCCGUCUCCAGCCGAGAAACGGAAUCUGGCCAAGAUAACCGGACUCUCCUUGACCCAGGUCAGCAACUGGUUCAAAAACAGGCGACAGAGAGACAGAAACCCGUCUGAGGCGCAGUCAAAAAGUGAGUCUGAUGGAAACCACAGUACAGAGGAUGAGUCCAGUAAGGGACAGGAGGAGCUGUCCCCUCGUCCUCUUUCCAACUCUUCGGAUGGAGUGAUAAACCACGGGAGCCUCCCAGCUCAGACAGGAGCUCUGGACGGUGGAGUGGUCAUCCAGCAGAUUGGUGACAUCAAGAUGUCCACAGGAUCCGGUGGUGGUGGGGUCUACAAUGGCAGUCUGGCAGCCAAUAAUACUUCCCCUGCCGUGUUUCAUAAUGGUGGCUCAUCCUACCUUCAUUCACCUGGAAACAUUCUCUUCAACGGCCUCAAUCUGGGCAUCCAGCCUCUGGCUUUCAACCCUCUGAGGCCGCCCAGCGGCGUGCUUCUGGGGGGCUCUGCGGGGGACAUGCACAUGCAAACAGGCCAGGAAAAAGGAGUGAUUGGUGCCGAGGAGUCCGCCCUGCACUACUCCUCCUACACGGGCUGUGUUAAUGGGUCGGAGGUGAAGCUGGAGGGGGUUCAUACCAUGGCGGACCAGAAUGGAGGCUCCUCAGUCCUCACAUUCAGCUCACCGUCAGGGUCUCUGCAGCUCGGUGGCUACAGCCUGGUCCAGGUACCGAGUGGAGUCCCUGACAGCGAUGGCAGCUCCUUGCUUAACACCGAUGUAGGUCUUCCUCCCCUACAGCUGCCGUCUGCUUCAUCUUCCUCCACAAUUACACAACAAGGUAGCAUGUCUCUGAACAACGCAGUGGUAAGCUCAUCCAGUCAAGACUCUUUCCAGCCACAGGACAAGCUGACUAUGACAUCCUUGCACCACAACACCGUUCUCUACAGCAUGAGCAACCAGACUCCAAUAAAGAAGGAACCUCUGGAUGGAGGCAUUUACUCCUCGUACCACGGCGGGCUCCACCUGGACCCCAGCGGUCAGAUCAGCUACACCGGCAGCGACUCUGGGCACAUCUCCUCCAGUCAUGGCACCACUUCCACCACUGACGUCACCCCCAUCAGCUCAUCCAGCUCUGAGCCAGAGGUCUACACCACACUCACCAACAGCACGCCUCUGAUGGCUCAGACGGACCCAGACGCCCAUCAUCACCUGCAGCCGGCUGAGUUCCUCGGCACACAUGAGGUGCACCGAGGGGCCCCAUCCUCACACCUACUGGGCCCCGGGAUGAACAGUGACUACAUGAACAUUUCAGAGAGCAAGUCGGACAUUUCGGGGCCUGGGGGGAUGAACGAGAUGGUACGGGCGAUGUGCGGGGAGCUGGAGGCUGCAGAGGGGAAGGAGCUAGCCAAACUACAGACUGUGCAGAUGGACGAGGACAUGUCCGACCUUUAACCUCAAACUCUGAAGCACUCACAUCCACCUGAGCAGUCAUACAAUGAAUAUUUUUACUAUUCAGUGUGUGUGUGUGUGUGUGUGUAUUUGUGUGUGUGUGAGUUUUUAAGCAUUGAUUUCCUUUAAAUUAUUUGUUUUUAUUUGAAUUUUAAAUGCACUCUAGUGAGAAAGGAGCCAUGUAGAUUGACUGCUUCAGCUUAUUAUGAAAAUGUAAAAAUAAAAGAGCCUGUGGUGUGUCUAAAAAAGCCCCCGUUUGUGAGAAGAAACACUGAGACUGCUCUGGCCGAUAGGAAGGAGUCCCUGCAUGAGUUUAGGCUCCGUUUAAAAGAGCAUUUUUUAUAGACAGCACCUGCUACUUCCUGUUGAGUGGAUGUGAUCUGCAGAAGCAGGUGCUGGAAUUCCUCGGGUCAUGUGACCGGGAUGUUCCUCCAAACCAAAUGCGUCAUGUGGGUUGAAACAAAAAGGUCACUCUGGAGUGGGGAAGAGGGAGAAAGCUUUAAGUUGAACAGCUUUACUGAAGGACUAAAAGGAAUCGGUUAACCAACACAGAAAAGUUGCUGAUUAAGGAAGAAUUUUCCUUCAGGGAGCACUUUAAUUGCUUUGAAAGCUUCUCAAGUCAAUGCAAAAUGCUGCUUUUAUGCUUUAUAACACAUUUAAAACCUUGACUGGAAGAGUAAAGUUAAAUGUGCCUUUCUGCAGCUAAAAAUACCCAAUGGUUCUGUUUUGGCAUUUGCACUACCACCAUGACAUUACAAUGUUUGAAACAACCCCUGAGCUGGACGUUUGUCAUGUGUGACACGUCCAGAAGAAAUGCCCACUAUUGCAGCCCUGUCUCCUGUUUCCAGUCCCAUCAUCAACUCAUGACACGGACACAUAAAUGAUGACGUCUCUCAUUCUGAGCUGUUUAUAACCCAACUGCUCGCAGAAUCAGGGUUCCUAUGAAGUCUGAAAAAAUUUGGAAUCAGAUUUUGUUAUUUUUUUUCUGGUCUUGAUAAGAAAACAAAAACAAAGGAAGGGUUGUUUUUUGUGUAUUGAAUUGCCUAAAUGUAGAAUUUUUCUUUUGUAUCCUCUUUUUCCUUCUUUUCCUU